GGCGAGAACCACCGCCGACGCGGUCGUCUUAUUCCUGUUGCUUUCGCAACGUGCACGCGACAACUCGCUGCAGCGUCCAGAUAACCGCGCGUCGCUGUGACUCGCGUUUCACAUAACAGUAAUAUAUUAUUUUAUUAUAAUAUUGUUUAAAAAAAACACAAAUAUCAAUAUGACAACGACGAAUAUGAUGACCGCUGUCGUCGUCGCCGUUUUUUUGUACUCUGUCGUCGCCGGGAUCACGACGGGAAACACGAUUGAGACAAGCAAGCCAACUUUUACUGUUGAUUACGAAAGAAAUGAGUUCCUAAAGGACGGUCAAGUUUUUCGAUAUGUGUCUGGUUCUUUACACUAUUUUAGAGUUCCUAAACCUUAUUGGAAGGACAGAAUUCAAAAAAUGAAAGCAGCUGGUUUAAAUGCCAUAUCAACUUAUAUAGAAUGGAGUCUACAUGAACCAUAUCCAGGUGUAUAUAACUUUGAUGAUAUAGCCGAUUUGGAGUAUUUCUUGAAGUUAGUUAAAGACGAGGGCAUGUAUUUGUUGCUCAGACCAGGACCAUACAUUUGCGCCGAAAGAGAUUUUGGUGGAUUUCCAUUUUGGUUAUUGAAUGAGGUGCCUAAAAAACGUCUGAGAACUAAUGAUCCAAGCUAUAAACAUUACGUUACCAAAUGGUUUAAUGUUCUCAUGCCCAAAAUUGACCCCUUUUUGUACGGGAAUGGCGGAAAUAUAAUUAUGGUUCAGGUAGAAAAUGAAUAUGGUAGCUACAACGCUUGUGACCAAGAGUAUUUGUUGUGGUUACGAGAUUUAUAUAAAAGUUAUGUUGGAUAUAAAGCUUUAUUAUACACAACCGAUGGCUGUGGAUAUUCUUAUUUUACAUGCGGUGCUAUACCUGAUGUCUACGCAACUGUGGAUUUCGGCGCCUCGAUUAAUGAUGUUUCUCAAUGUUUUAAAUAUAUGAGAGCAACACAAAAGAGAGGGCCACUAGUGAACUCCGAGUAUUAUGUUGGUUGGUUAUCACAUUGGCGCGAACCAUCGCCAAUCGUCAAUAGUUACGACGUUCUGGAAACUAUGAAAAACAUGUUAGCUUUGAAUGCAUCGAUAAAUUUCUAUAUGUUCCACGGGGGUACAAACUUUGGGUUUACUUCUGGCGCCAACAAAUAUGAAAAAUUAAAAAAUUCAGAUUAUUUGCCUCAAUUAACCUCAUAUGAUUACGAUUCUCCACUAAACGAAGCUGGAGACCCAACUGAAAAGUAUUUUAAAAUUAAGAAAUUACUUGAAGAAACCAAUUUUGCGGUAUCAAAUGAAAUAUCACCCGUACCAGCCCCUAAGGGUAAUUAUGGAACAUUCACAAUGAUGCCGUUGGUUAGUCUUUUUGAAAAAGCCACGCAACGGAUUAAACCGAUUGAAAGCGAUGUUCCACUUGGAUUCGAAAUCAUGGGUAUAAACACGGGAUUUGUAAUGUACGAAACUAUUUUAACAAACGAACAAAAAGACAACAAAGUUCCUGUAAACCUUACAAUUAGCACAAUCAGAGACCAAGCAACCAUAUUCUUGGACCAGGUACAAGUGAAUAUAAUACCUCGUAAAUAUGAAAACAUACCAGUGAGCUUAAAUAUAAACAGUACAGUUCAAAAGCUAAGUAUCCUAAUAGAAAAUCAAGGGAGGAUCAAUUACGGAAGCUUUAUGGAAGACAGAAAGGGUAUUUUUGAACCAGUAACAUUAGGUAAUUAUGUACUAGGACCGUGGAAAAUGAUACCACACCCUUUAAAUGAAACAUCUUGGCUUUCGACAAUUGAACCACAAAAAUACGCUGUACUACCAGCGUUCUAUAAAACACAAUUUACAUUACCUGAUAAUCCUUUGGAUACUUAUUUAGAUGUAUCUGGUUGGAAAAAGGGCGUUGCUUUUGUGAAUGGAAUAAACGUAGGGCGAUAUUGGCCAUCGGCUGGACCACAAAUGACUCUUUAUGUUCCAGCUACAUUUCUUAUCUCAUCACCGGGAUUAAACACCAUUGUCAUGUUGGAACUUGAAGAAGUUCCUAAGAACUUGUCAAUAUCUUUAACUGAUAAACCUAAUCUCUUCGGUCCUAUAAAUAUCUUGUAAAUUAAUCAUUUACAGUGCUGGGUAUACUUGAUAUUUUUCGUUUAUUAAAUUUUGGUUAGUGUAGCUAAAAUUAGUAGUUUCGUUUAUUUUAAUAUCGUUAACGGUAAUAUACAUCAUUUUAUUUACUCUGUAGUAAUUGUGGGAAUUUAUUAUGCAGUUACUACUAUUGUUUGUGUUAAGUAUUAAUUGGUUAGUAUUUUUUCUUUUAAUUUUAUUAUUAUUUUUAAAUAUUUUCAAAAAAGGUAGUUCCGAUUCAAUACUUUAUAGUGAAUUUAAAAUGUUUUUAUUAUGUAAAAGGUAUAUAAGUAAUAAGUAGAUUAUAUUUACUAAACAUUAAUUAGGUAUACAAUUUGUAUUAAAUAAUAUUAUUAUGAAUUUUCAAAUUUACUAAUUUUAAAUCAUUAUUUUUGAACUUCUGUAAAUAAUAUUAGUGUAUUUGUGAUAUUAAAUUACCUAAAAGGACAUUACAUUAUUUUAUAAAUCCUUUUAAAGCUAAUUAUUUAAUUAUUAUAAUUUUUUUUUUGUCAUAACGUCUUAGAAGGAUUUAUUAAUUUAACGUGGUAGGAUAAUUUAAUUACCGGUACCUCAUCGUUAAAUAGUUAUACAUUUCUGCAACACAUUUUUCGCAAUAUAUUUUAUCAUUACGUUAAUGUAAGUUUUAGUAUGUAAGAAAUAAUAUGUUGAAAUUACUUAUUUAAUUUUAGACUUUAAGCUGAAAAAGUGUUGAAUUUUAUAAAGUGUGUUUUAAUUAAAACGUUUUUUAAGCUACACUAAAA